UCUAAAACCCUUACAAAAUGAAUCCUUGUUCGAUUCACACAUUUCAGUCCCCCUGCAAAAUCCGAUAGAAAUAUGGCGAGAACUGCUCUCUUCCACUUGCUUCGAUCCCAAUCCAAGCAACUCAUUUCCAGAAACAUCCAUUCAGGUUAUCGUUUUAGGUUUGCAACACUGUCUGGCACCCAAUAUGCGAAGCCGAACCUCAACUAUGCAACGAGCAUUUUCAGUGUCCAAAAAAGAUGGGCUUCUCAAGCUAAGACAACUGAGGAUGGCGACAAAAUCAGCAUCGGUCCUCGUAAAAGCAAAGAAGACGACGAAGAUGAGAAGGAUGCCGGGGUUGUUUACUACGGUCCGAUUUCUUCUACAAUCAAGAAAGUAAAGAUGCUUUCACUUUCGACCUGCUGCCUCUCGGUAUCGUUAGGCCCUGUCAUUACAUUCAUGACUUCUCCUGAUAUGAAUGUGAUUGUGAAAGGUGCGGUAGCAUCCUCUGUGAUAUUCUUUAGUGCUACAACAACUGCCGCACUUCACUGGUUCGUGAGCCCUUACAUCCACAAAAUCCGGUGGCAGCCUGGUUCAGACAGCUUCGAGGUGGAGAUGAUGUCUUGGUUAGCAACAUAUAUUCCACGAACCAUUAAGUUUGCAGACAUCCGUCCAGCCGAGACCAACAGGCCAUUCGUGACAUUUAAGGCCAAUGGGAACUUCUACUUUGUAGAUGCUGAGCAUUGCCAUAACAAGGCUUUGUUGGCAAGACUCACACCCCAGAAAGCAACUCAUGAGUCAGCUCUUAAGAACUUAUGAUUUGAUCAUUUGAAAGGUCGGGUAUCGGGUCUCGAGAGCUCAUGAAAGUUUCAUUGUUAAGACGAAUGGUCUAUAGGGUAGGAUUAUGAUAAGUGCUUGAAUAAUAAGCCUGUUGAUUACAGAGAAACACAGACUUUCAUGGAUUUUAAAUGGAAUUUCAUUUUACUGCUGCUUUGCCAGUUUUGAUGUAGUGAAAA